GGAGUGGGAUGGGUUUAAGGAUGUAUUUUAUUUUUUCUAUUGUAUUUGUUUUUUCCCUUUUUCCCGCAAUGGAUUUUUUCCCCCUCCGUUCAUUACCCAUACAGUAGGUGGCGGCAUACACCUUUAACGUUUGUUUGCGGACCGGCAUAACACCACAGAAGAAGAAGGUACGUCCUGGGGAUACCGAAUAGCAAAAACCUGAAUGUCAAGCUACUCUUUUCUGUCAUACCAACGUGAUUAUUUUCGGGUUGUAAUGUUCUCUUCAUUGUAACUAUUAUAUGUUUUUACGUAUUCAUACAUGAAUUGCACAUCGUGUGGAGACAGACGUCUUUUUCAGUUCAAUAUAAACGUAGAGGCUGGCAAGAUAUUUCAACGCUAACGCAUUGCAAAGCUAGUGAAGCUAACCAGCCGAUUUGGACAGGACGUUACACCAUGGAGCCCGAAGCACAAAUACGAAACCUACGGGACUUUCUGAUGGUCUACAACCGGAUGACAGAGAUCUGUUUCCAGAGAUGCACCAGUAACUUCAACUACAGAAGUCUCACCAUGGACGAGGAGCGCUGUGCAGACAGCUGUGCCGGGAAGCUGAUCCGCUCCAACCACCGUCUGAUGGGCACCUAUGUCAACCUGAUGCCGGGGAUGGUGCAGCGCCGCAUGGCUGAGAUGGAGAAGAAGAACGCUGAGCUGGUCACAGCAGAGGCUGAGGCUGCAGGUGCACUGGAGGGGACACCUGACUUGGCUGAUCAAGGCCUACCUAUAGCCUCAACCGGGGGUAAAGCCUCGGCUCCUGCCUCGGGGACAAGUGAGGCUAUGACGGCUUCAGAGGUAUCAGUGAUGGCUGCCUCAGUCUUAAAGCCUGCUGUUUUAGAUUUCUCUGCAGACCUGGGUCCAGCUGCCUCACCCUCCACCCCCUCCUCCACAUCCACAGAGGUUAAACUAGCAGCUGCCUCACCCUCCACCCCAGCCUCAGAACCACUGGUGCCUUCCUCCCUCUCCCAGGCUGUGAAUGGAGUAGGGCUCACCAGGCUGACUUCAGGCCCAAUUUUAGAGUUGUCCCCUGUUAGACAUGAUCAAUCCACUGUCACUGCUGCUCCCAGUGCAGCACCAAGUGGUCCCCACCUUAGUCGAUAACCAGGCACCAGUAAUGUUAGUUCCGCCCACAUUUACAUAUGGUGCCUGUAGAGGCGACACCAGCGCCUACAAUAGUGACUCUUAUGGUUACACAGAGAUAAGCCCUAACCCCAGGCCCUGCCCUAACCCCAGGCCCUGCCCUAACCCCAGGCCCUGCCCUAUCCCUAACCCCAGGCCCUAUCCCUAACCCCAGGCCCUAUCCCUAACCCCAGGCUCGGCCCUAACCCCAGGCUCGGCCCUAACCCCAGGCUCGGCCCUAACCCCAGGCUCGGCCCUAACCCCAGGCCCUAGCCCUAACCCCAGGCCCUAGCCCCAGCCCCAGGCCCUAGCCCCAGGCCCUAGCCCUAACCCCAGGCCCUAGCCCUAACUCCGGCCCUAACCCCAGGCCCAGCCCUAACCCCGUAACCCCAGGCCCUGCCCUAACCCCAGGCCCUGCCCUAACCCCAGGCCCAGCCCUAACCCCAGGCCCAGCCCUAACCCCAGGCCCAGCCCUAACCCCAGCUCCAUCCUAACCCCAGGCUCAGCCCUAACCCCAGGCUCAGCCCUAACCCCAGCCCUAACCCCAGGCCCAGCCCUAACCCCAGCUCCAUCCCUAACCCCAGGCCCAGCCCUAACCCCAGCUCCAUCCCUAGCUCCAGUACAGCUUCGGUCACAGUCCCAGCUCCUACCAGUGAUGUCCCUCUCUCCCCCAACCAUCCACCCUGACCACACAGGACUCUCAGCUGCCAUCUUGAGUGUAUGUGAUCUAUAGAAUUGAACCAAGGAUCCUGGAGAACUACUGGAAGUGAAACAUUGUAAUAAUCAAGGUCUUCAGUCAGCUCUAAUUGGCUGAAUCAAGGGUGUCACCUUACUGCCCUACAGGGUAAGUGCUUGGUCAUCAGCAAUACAGAGUAGAUAUGAUGAUGAUGAUUUUACCUUGGUGUUACAACACUGUAUAGGCACCAUGAUGGAAAAAUACCUUUCUCUCAAAUAUUAAACGAUUCUGGAGAGGAA